CACAGUGACACAUUCGCACGCGAGGCUCAUCGUUUUCUCUCUCUCUAUCAUUUUGUUUCUCCUGAUCUGCUUUUUCUCACUCUUUGAAUUCCACAUCAGGGAUGUCGCGUUGUUUAGUUUUUUUCUUUUCCUUCGGAUCUAAAUUUCAUUCAGCCAUGAUGGACAAGGGAAACCAUUAAUGCAGGAUCCCAACUGAUUCAUGUACUCAUUCUGCUAGGGUAACGUCGGAAACCACCCAGUGGUAGACCACAUUAUUUGGUCGAAAAUAUCGACGAAGAAUUCACAACGAAUCAACGCUGAUAUCCAGCUUCAAGAAUUUCCAUCAUUUACAUAAUUCGUUGUCUCGAAAACCGUCCAGUUUUUAUUCGCUUUCUUGUGCAAUCAUGGAUCUAACUUUGUUGAUCUUUGGAAUAGCAUGUGUAUUUUUCCAGCAGUGCAACGCUCGACCCGCCUUGAUACCACACCGCAUCAUGGACCCAAAGCGAGUGGGCGUGGUCGGAUCGGGGAAUACCCUAGUCCACGCGGGGAACGAAACCAAAGACAUGGAUAAAGACCAUCUCAAGUAUAUCAUCACGCACUUUGAAACCUUUACAGAUGAACAGGGUGUGAAUGGUUCAACUGCGUCCAAAUUGUCAACAAGCCAUUUUCUAUCACGAGCUAAAAGGAAAGCUGUCGAACCCCAUCAUUUCUGGCCGUAUGGGAUCAUACCGUAUGAGAUGACAAAUACGUAUGAUGAAAAGGAAAAGAGUGAGAUUUAUGAAGGAAUGAAAUCUUGGGAGAAAGUAACAUGCGUCCGUUUUGUGCCAUACACACCCCUUCUCGCUAAACAGCUGGGCCAUUCAGACAGACUUUAUUUAGAGAAACGGGAAGUGUGUACAUCUUUUCUGGGACGACGAGUUAAAGGGCGCCAUCUGAUGUCGGCUUGCCCACACUGGACGUACACGAUGGUCCACGAACUCGGGCAUGCAGUCGGUAUGCGACAUCAACAUCAAACACCGGAUCGUGAUCAGUACAUCGAUAUACAUUGGGAGAACAUCGACGAGAAGGUGAACCUUGAACAGUCGUUCGGCAUCGUAAGAAACCCGUCACUCUACGAUCAGUCGUUGCUCAAAGCCACUCCCUACGAUAUCAACUCCAUCAUGCAUUAUCCGUUCAAUGCGUUUUCAAAGCACUACACACUACCAACAAUCACUGUCAAGGGAAAACCGAAUCGCAUUAUCGAGUGGAGGACCGAGCCAAGCUUCUACGACCUCAAGCUCGUCAAUAUGAUGUACAAAUGCGGCAACCAUUGCAGCUUCAAAUUAAACUGUCAAAAUGGCGGCUACCAGAGUCCCACCGACUGCCAGGUCUGUCUAUGCCCUCCGCUGACCUGGGGAAAGACGUGUGAGAGUGUGUCGGACCAGCCCUAUGAUUCGGGCAAGUCGGAUAAACCGUGGUAUACGAAAACAAUAUUUGAGCAUAACUGGUGGAGAUAAAAUUAUGAUAAUUAUUUAUUAUGCUAGAUGGGAAACAAAGGGUGCUAAAAUAACUACACCAUUCAUGUAUAUAUAGGUUUUUUAAAGUAUAUCAUGUGACCUAGCCACCACAUAACCAACAGUAAGCUUGGUAAGUAGCCAAAAUAAUUUGUGAAUUAUUUCUAUUGGGUUUGAAGAAAAACAAAACACACCUCCUAAGCUUUAAAAUGUUAUAUAACUUGUCGAAAUUGACCAACGAUAACCCCAAAGGUACUUGAUCGAAUGUAGAAGAAGCAAGAGUUUCAAAAAUUAUAGAGAAAACAGUAUUUUAAGUUUGGGGUUCACCUAAGCGUGAGAUAGGCUUUAAUAGUACACUGUCACUAUAGGCAAUCUCACAUAACAGAUGAUACUUCAAGCAGUCUGCAAAAACUUGGCUCAAAGAUACUCUGGUAUCUUGUAUUUUUAUUCUACUUUACAACUUGACAUUUUGACAAUAUGAAGAAAAGGAAUUAUUCUUUCAAAUAAGCUAAUUUUUUCUUUUGCUUUGUGAAGACCAAAUUGCUAUUUUGGUUAUUUACCACGUUUACAGAGAACCUUCCCAGGCGACUUAUUGUUUUUUUUUGGUGGCUAUGGUCCGACCAGGUGGGUGUUUCAUGAAUGUUUUCAGCACUGACUAAAUUGUCAGUGCUGACAAUUUCAGUAAAAUUCUUGGUUUUGAUUGGUUGAAAGACACUGGCCUUUGAAUGUUACUAUGGUAACUGCUAUCGGAGAAAGACAACUUGUCAGUGCUGACAACUUUCAUGAAACGGUCCCCUGGUCACAAAUGAACAUCCAUCACAUAUCGGGAGGGGGGGGGGCGAAAUGAUCACGCUUACCACGUUAAAUAUUACUGUAUAUAGGAAUAAAAUAAGAGAGCAAACUAAUGUUUUAGUUUGUUGCAGGGACCGCGGAACCAGGGGGACUGGGUGCUCCAGCGCCCCAUUUUUAAAUUUUCAACAGACGUACAAAAACGUAAGUCCAUUUUGCAUGGUCAGUCCGCACUGAGU